AUGGAGGAGGCAAUUCACGUCGCCCAGACGCCCGCUCACGACAACGCCCUCGCGCGCUGGAGGAACGAGGACGGGCGCAUCACAGUCCACGACUCGUCGCGCCCAAAUAAACAGCUGGAGUUGGAUUGCAGCUCGUUUGCAGACCGUGUCCCGAGCCUCGCGCCGGACAUUUCGUUUUUCCGCCAGACAGAGGAAUACUGCGGACGGGAAACCCGCCCAGGAAUCGCUGUCAUUAAGUCAGAGGCUGAAGAAACUUUCCAAGGAAUACGGUUGGUCGGCGGCCAGCUCGAGCAUUGGGUAACAUCCCAUAUCAAGCAAAUCAUACCUGAGUCGGUCAAGACCUGGUGGCAUGAGUACAGAGCGGCGCUUACCAAGGCCGAGACUCAGCAGCUUGGCAGCAACGAGGCCAGCGAGGCUGUCGAAAUGGCAGGCUGGGGAGUGGAAGAAGCCCAGGAGCGCAACCGGGCAGAAGCCAGUAAGUUCAUGCACCUCGUCCCCUUGAUGCUUUGA